AUGGUGGGUUCAACCGUUAAAGUGUAUGUAGAUGACAUGAUGGUAAAAAGCCGAUCAUUAGAAGACCAUCCAGAAGAUAUCCAAAAAGUCUUUGACGUCCUGAACAAGGCAGGUAUGAAACUGAACCAUGAAAAGUGUACCUUAAGAGUAAAGGAUGGAAAGUUUCUAGGGUCGUUUCCUAUCAUGCUCGGCCAGAAGAUGUCUCAUGUUCUUCAAACCUUUAAAAGGCAAAGGUAUGUUCCUAGGAAGGCAAUGAAAGCUCAGGUACUAGCCGAUUUUAUUGCGAAAAUGACUCCACCAUUAGAACCUUUAGAGUCCCCUGAGUCAACCAUAGAAGAGCGGAAGAAGGUCCUCCAUACAGCCAUGGCUGCAAUAUGUUACAGAAGAGGAAGGUUAGGAAAUCCUAAAGGAUAUUCACGAAGAAAAGUUCCAAGUAGAACUAAUAACAACCCAGCUCUUGGGGUGCAGCUACAAGUAACUGAUAAGCAAGUGGUGGUUGACAAUGGAAUUGUCCAAGUCACUUUCUCUAAUCCAGGAGGUGAUGUUAUUGGAAUUAAAUACAAAACAAUCGAUAAUGUACUUGAAAUCAAGAACAAAGAAGAUAAUCGAGGAUACUGGGACGUGGUAUGGAACCGACCUGGAGAGUCUAACAUCUUUGACAAGCUGCAAGCUACCAAGUUUAGUAUUAUAGUGCAAAAUAAUGACCGAGUAGAGAUUUCAUUCUCUAAGAUUUGGAGCCCUUCAAUGGAUAAAACCAUAGUCCCUUUGAAGGUAGACAAAAGGUACAUAGUUCAGCGUGGAAGCUCAGGACUUUAUUUGUAUGCCAUAAUGGAACGCUUGAAAGGGUGGCCUGACGUUGAUAUGGAUCAAAUUAGGGUGGUUUUCAAGCUUCAGAGUAAAAAGUUUCACUACAUGGCAAUAUCCGAUGAUAGGCAAAGAGAAAUGCCAAUGCCUCAAGAUCGUGUCACUGGCCAGCCUCUAGCCUUUCCUGAAGCUGUUCGUUUAACCAAUCCAGUCAACCCUAAACAAAAAGGGGAGGUGGAUGACAAAUACCAAUACUCUUGUGAGAAUAAAGAUAACAAGGUACAUGGAUGGAUAUCAAAUGAUCCACCAGUCGGAUUUUGGAUGAUCACACCCAGUAAUGAAUUUCGCGAUGCUGGACCUGUCAAGCAAGACCUGACCUCUCAUGUGGGGCCUAUUGUUCUCAAUAUGUUUGGUAGUGUUCAUUAUGCUGGAAAGGACUUAAAUGCAGCAUAUCGAAAUGGAGAGCCAUGGAAAAAAGUUUUUGGCCCUGUUUUCGUCUAUCUUAAUUCUGUUCCUUCUGUAAAUCCCAAAGCUCUCUGGGAAGAUGCUAAAAGACAAAUGUCAACUGAAGUUAAAAGCUGGCCAUAUAAUUUUCCUCGAUCUCAAGAUUUCCCUUCUUCUGGUCAACGGGGAAAUGUUGUAGGUCGAUUAGUAGUUCGUGAGCAGUACAUUAAUAAAAGAUCGAUGGAUGCAAGUUUUGCUUAUGUGGGAUUGGCAGCGCCAGGUGUUGCGGGCUCAUGGCAAACAGAAGCAAAGGGUUACCAAUUUUGGACUCAAGCUGAUAAGAAAGGAAGUUUCUCAAUUAAAAACAUCAGAGCUGGGAAAUAUAGUUUAUAUGCAUUUGUUCCUGGUUUUAUUGGAGAUUACAAGUAUAAUGUUGAUAUCAUUAUUCAACCGGGAUCUAAUAUCAAAUUGGGUGUCCUUACAUAUGAUCCUCCAAGAAAUGGUCCAACUCUUUGGGAAAUAGGCAUUCCUGAUCGUACCGCUGCUGAAUUCUAUAUACCAGACCCAAACCCAACACUCAUCAACAAAUUGUAUAUUAAUAGCCCAGCAAAUAAAUUUAGACAAUAUGGAUUGUGGGACAGAUAUACCGAUCUAUAUCCUAAGAAUGAUCUCAUAUAUACAGUUGGUGUUAGUAAUUAUGCUAAAGAUUGGUUCUAUGCCCAUGUUAAUAGAAGGGUAGGAAAUAUGGCAUAUGAGGCAACUACAUGGCAGAUCAUAUUUGAACUUAAAAGUGCAAAGCUAAGUGGAAGUUACACUCUACAAAUAGCCUUGGCAUCAGCUACUAAUUCUGAACUUCAGGUGCGGUUCAACAAUGCCAAAGCUAAACGACCUCUUUUCACAACAAGGCUAAUAGGCAGGGAUAAUGCUAUUGCAAGAAUGGGAAUUCAUGGCUUAUAUUGGUUGUAUAGCAUUCAAGUACCAAGUACUCAACUUCUCCAAGGAAAGAAUAUAAUUUAUCUUACUCAGUCUAGAAAGGGAAGCCCUUUCACUGGCAUUAUGUAUGAUUAUAUUCGUUUAGAAGCACCAAUAAAAGCUUAA